AUGGACCGUCCGAACAAGUCGAGUGAAAACCAAGGUGUUAUAGAGCCUGAACCCAAAGAUUAUAUUCAAGAAGAACUACUUAACAGAAUGGAUAGAGUGGAAAAUAGGUUAGAAAAAUUCUACUCACGUCUCUCAGGAGUUGAUGGGCAAGUUGACUCUGUAGACAACCGCAUGGCUGUUGUCAUGAGAGAAAUUGACCUUCUCCAUGACAAACUGGAGGGGAAAGCCUCAAAACAAAUGGUUGGAGUCAUUGACUCUAGAUUUCAACUCUAUGCUGAAGUAAAAGAAUUCAACGCACUUAAAUAAAACCUGACUUGAUUUUGCUAAGAAGGAAAAGGUUGCAGAAUGCGAGCAGAAAAUUGACACACUACAAGAAUCUAUUAAGGAGUGUGCCAAGACAUCAGAGGUCUACGAUACUAAAGAGUACAUCAUGAACUUUUUCAAGAAGGAAUUCAAAGAAUGUGUUAAAAAGAGGGAAUUACACACCUCUCAAACUGCUAUCAACAAGGCUAUCGAGAAGCUAAGAGUUGAAAUUAAGGAAGAGAUGUCAGUCUUUGAUACUUUCAAGAAAAACUUAGACUUGUUUAAACGUAAUCUCAAGGAGGAUAAACUUGACCUUGAGGCUAAAAUAAAUACUGUCUGGGAUAACUUCAACAAUUACUGUGAUUUCAAUCAUUUUGACAAUUACAAAGCCAGUAUUAAGCCAAUGCUCAGAGCUUGUGAGCUGAGAGUUGACAAAUACGGUGUUGAAAACGAGAAAUGUGUCAAGAUAAUUCAGAGAUUUGAUGAGGUUUUAUGCCAAAAAGCCUCUAAAUUUAACUUUGGCCAACUUGAAAAAGACAUGAAAAACUAUCUUAAAGCUGAAGAAUUUAAUGAGAAAUUUCUUGAAGUUAAGAAAGAAUUGAGAAAUUUUGAGGUGGAAAGGAUGAAAUUCAAUUCCAAAAUCGAUGAAAUCGGCUCAAGUGUCAAACAAAUGAUCGCCAAUAGUAUCAUAAAAAUAUCCAAAGAAGCCAAAAAUCAACUGAUAGACGCCUUAGGAGGAAAACCUGUAGAGCCAGGAGAACUGAUAUCUCUACUCAAACUCAAAGCAAAUGUUGAAGUUGUUGAAGACAUUCAAAUCAAUAAAGCAGAUAAGGCUCAAAUAGAGUCAACUACAUCUGUUCUUGAGAUAUUCCAUAGCCAGAUUACCCAUUUGUGUAUGAUCUUAAAGGAUUUCCUGAAGCUUCACAUCUCUCAAAUGACAAAGGAAGAUCAGGCCACUAAGAAGAAAAUAGAUUAUUAUUACAAAUACGCAUGAACUUUGUCCAAAUGGAUCAGAACAAACGAGGAGCAGGAAGCUUUCAAGGCUCAAGAGGAGGAGUCACCAAGAGAGGUCAAGAGGAGUGCCACUGAAAACAAGGAUCGAAUUGAUAAUUUCUUGUUUAAAUCCACCUCUAAUAAGCCAAUCCAUAUUAGACCACUUACCUCAACCUCGAAUAGGAAGGAAGAUAAUAUCAAAUAUGAUUCUACUGAGAAGAUAUCUACAGAUAACCUCGAUCUCUCAAUCUUUGAGGAUAUGAAAAAGAGAAGGCUACAAUCAGCCUCAAGUCGAAGAAUCUCUCUUGAAAGAGUGAGAAACCAAGAUAGGGACCUUAAAAUAAGCAUCAAUAGAGACCCAAGAGACCUUGGGCAUCACAAUUCACUUAUGGAUACCAUGGGGAACCAAAUUCCUGAAAGUCAGCCUGUUAAAAUUAAGGCCAACACUAGUUUUAACCCAGUGAAUUUCACCAAAAUAUAAAAGCUCAACGUAUUUCCCAGAAAGGACGUAAGAUCAUGACUACAAAUGUUAAAAAAUUCAAUCAUUCAAGGCUGAGCUACACAAGCAAGAACACCACGAUGAGGUAUAAGAAGAGGACUAGCCCUAGUCCUAGUUCAUUAAUGUAGAUAAAUUAUUAGUAAACUUUUCUCAACUGCA